AUGGAGGAAAAAUCGCUGAUCGAGGAGUUCCGGUUCGGCUGGGAUGUCAAGCUCGAGCUGGGCUGGGCGGAGCCUCUGCCUCCCGAGGGGUACGAGCUGGACAGUCUGGCGUUAGUGGCGGGUGAGCGGUCCGUCCGCCUGCGGGGCGCCUCCCCCGAUCUGCGGGCAUCAGUUAAUUAUCUAAAAGACAGGGCCAACCUACUCGGCUUCCACAACAUCUACCUGACCAAGAAGAAGAUCGGCAGGGUCAAGGCCAUCAGCAAACUAGGCCUGCCGCCCGAGGACUUCAAGUUCAUCCGCAACGAGGCGGCAGUGCUGCGCAGGCUGCACUACCCCGGCAUCAUCCGUCUGCACGAAAUCUGCGAGACCAAGAAUUCGAUCUACAUUGUCAUGGAACUUAUCAGCGGCGGGUUGCUUUCCCAUGCGAUCAAGAAAAAUACCUUCCUGGACUGGGAGAUCAGAUCCCUCCUGCAGCGCAUCCUCGAGACCCUGGCCUACCUGCACGACCACGGCAUCGCCCACCGCGACAUCAAGCCCGAGAACCUCAUGUUCCGCUCGCUCAGCAGCCUCGACAUCGUCCUAGUCGACUUCGGCAUGGCCACGCACGUCCCCUCCGAGACCGACUUCGAGUGCUGCGGCACGCCCGGCUACGUCGCCCCCGAGAUGUUCAACCACGAGCCGUACUCCACCCGCUGCGAUGUGUUCAGCCUGGGGGCCACCAUGUACUACCUGACUACCAAGAAAACCCUGCUCAACUGCGGGGCAUUCUCUGCCCUGGACGAGGGGCUGCAGGAUCUGCUGGGGCGCAUGCUUGAGCGGGACCCCUCCAAGCGCAUUUCCCCGAAGGAGGCGCUCGAGCACCCCUUUAUGACCCAGCACUUCCGGCGGGGCACGCAGCUGCGCAAGGAGGGCAGCGCCUCCUCGCUGCACGUCGAGGAGCAGCCCCAGAAGAAGAAGGCCUCGGUCUUUCUCAAUGCCAGCCUCGCCCUCAUCCGCGCGCAUCACCGGCUGGCUGCCCCCGCCUCCCUCCAGGUCCUGCUCCUCAAGCGAUCAGCCGCAGGCACCUUCUCCAGCGUACCUGCGCUGAGCAGCACUGAUCUGGACGACUUGGCUCGCUUCGGUCAGGCCUACGCCGCAGAAUUGCUACGGGGAUAG